CCAAGACCUAUCAGACAAACCACCCUUCACGUCUCUUAAAGCCGCCCGAAAUGUACGAUGAGUCUUGGUAUAAUGCCUUCACUCAGAAGACAUCCUGGCAGCCCGAAAGCCAGAAGAAGACCCAUCGUCGACGACCAACGCUCCUUCAGCAACCUAGUGAAGAAGCACUGCCGGAGAAUGAGGUCGCCAAUCAACCUGAUCUAAGCACUGCCUUGGACCCGCCGGUCGAGAUAUGUCCACCUCAGGCGACGGUGGCCCGCAGAGCGAAGUCGUAUAGUGACUUCUAUGAUAUCGUGCGAGCACACUUGAAGAAGGAAAAGGAGGAUGAAAAGCGGAAGCUUCGACAAGCUUUGAAGACCGAUAUCGACUUCGAGAGAUGGUACUCGGGCAUCAUGCCGUCAAUUGAGAAGAAGAGCUUCCCGCAAUACCAGCUAUAUCUGGAUCAGCUCCGUCUAGCAGAGUCGCAUCUGGAAUAUCUAGCCUCUCAAACCACCUCAUCCCUCGACCUCCUACGUCAGCUGUCGAGCUCGUUUAGUUCCGUGGAGAAGCAAACAAGUGCCUUCCGGAAGCAAUGCGAAGGGUUGCUAUCCGAGCAGAAAUCAAACCUCCAGCUUGCAGACCAAAUCGCCGAAAACCUGGAAUACUAUACCUACCUCGAACCGAUCACACGGAGAUUGAAUGCCCCGGGUGCCGCCAACCGGGUCCGGCAAAAAGAAUUCUCGGAUAUGCUGGGUGAUUUGGACCGUUGCAUUGAGUACAUGCAAUCUCAUCCUAACCAAAAGGAAGCCUCGACCUAUGGAUCGCGGUAUAAGCAGCUAUUAACCAGAGCUCUCACCCUUAUUCGCGUGCAUUUCACCAAUUCUCUUCGCGAGAUCGCUGCAGACGUGUCCAAACGUAUUGCCGACCGACAGCUCAACGACACGACCAUGUCGGCGCUCUUGUACGCUAAAUUCCGCGUCGGUGCCCCCGACCUACGCAAGGUUGGUCUCGAAAUCCAGAAGCGAGCAAUCCUCCCCAAGGAUGCAGCACCGGAUGCGGAACCAGAGUACCAAAGCUUGAUGAACGAGAUGUUUCAAAGCUAUUCCACCACACGCGGUCGCCUGAUCCUUCCGAUUGUAUCGAAGAAAAUGUCCGAAAUCGCCAUGGCGCCAAGCACCGCGAAGGAUCUGGUCACUUUCUCGCGGAGCUCCAUCAGCUACAUUCGGGGCAUCUGCAUGGAUGAAUACGAUCUUUGGCAGGAAUGGUUUGACUCGGACCAUGCGCUCUACGAUUUCUUGGAUGCGAUGUGCGAGCCGAUGUAUGAUCAUCUGCGACCACGAAUCAUCCACGAAACGCAGAUAUUGAAGCUAUGUGAGCUAUGUACGUUGAUACAAUCGCGGUACAUGGAGGAGGAUGAAGAUGAUCUGCAGUCACCAAUCUCGGCUCGGUUGGAUUUCGCAUCGUUGAUCCAUCCUGCCCUCGAGGACGCGCAAACGAGACUGGUUUUCCUUGCGAUGGGAAUAUUACGAACGGACAUCGAGCACUUCAAGCCCAAACCUGAAGACCUAGAUUACCCUGCUCGGAACCGGAUUCGGGCGAGUGCUACUAAUGGAAACAAGGCGCCUGCCCUCUCAGGCCGGCGGGAGGCCAAAGAUCCAUCCAAACCAGCAGAAACGCCGACGAUUGGAGAAGAGGACGGGAUUGAGUCAACCCUGAAGUUCGAACCAUCAUCCAAGGACUGGUACCCAACUCUACGCAGAGCGAUUUGGCUCCUGGGUCGAAUAUACCGGCUUGUCAAUUCUACCGUCUUCGAUGAUCUUGCCCACCAAAUCCUCCACCAAACAACUCACUCUAUCCUUCGCGCCAGCAACCUCAUCAUCCCCCGCUCCUCUCCCACCGACGCCAACCUCUUCACCAUCAAGCACCUCCUCCUCCUCAAACAACACAUCGCCGCCUUCGACCUUGAAACUGGCUUCGCCCAAGCCCCGCCCGAAGUCAACUUCGACUUCUCCGGCCUCACCAGCACCUUCUGGGGCAGCGACUGGCUCAGCAUGCCCGGGAAGCUCGUCCGCGCUGUCAUGGCCGGCCAGCUCGGCCGCCUCAUGCCGCGCGUCGUGCGCGACUACCAUGACGCGAAGGGCGAGGUCGACGAGGCGCUGCGCGUGGCCAUCGGGGCGUUCGUCGAGAGCAUCGCGGGGAGGAUGACGGGCCCGAUUCGAGAAGGGGGUCGCACCGUCGAGCCCCCCGUUAGCGCGAAACCCGCGAAGUCGAACUCGGCGAAGGCGAAAGACGAUGCGGCGAACGGCCAGAACGGGCAUGUGGAGGCGAAUAGCGGGACAUCGGAGACUGCGAGGGUGAAGGCGGCGGUGGCGCAAGGGGUUCCGUUCCUCCGGCAGAAGCUGGACGAGUAUAUUGGGGAUGUGCGGACGAAGGAGAUGCUCGUCGCGGCGGUGAUGGAGCAGGUGACAACGACGUACGAGGCGUUCUGGGGGUCGCAUAGCAGACGCGGCAAUGCUGGGACUGGAGCCGCGGAGUCGACUGGAGCGGGGACGAAGGGGAAGCGGAGGGAGGAUGAGAAUUGGGAGCCGGCGGCGUUUGCGGAGUGGUGUGAAGGGGUGUUUAUGGUUGGGAGGUCGGUUUUUGGCUUUGAGGAUGAAGAUGACGGGAGAAGUAGUGGGGAAUUGAGUCGGGAUGGGAGCAUUUAGUUUCGGGACCAAUGAACACCAUGAAGAGAGAAUAUAUU